GUAUUGAUUAAUAGGGACUUUUACAUAGUAUACUGUAUUUUGACAUUUUAUUACUUUUAUACUGCCAUAUGGUAGAAAUUACAAAACUACUGUACAUUUAUACUGUCUUUUAUACUGCCAUACUGCCACUUGUCACUUUGCAUGCCUUUCUCUAUUUUUUUUAAUUAAUUAAUUUUUUAAAAAAAUUGUUGAUGUGAUGCUCAUGGUCAAAUCAUGGCAGCUCACAUUUUUUAAAAAAAAAUGACAAAUAACAAAAAUUAUAUAUUAUAUUUGUUUUAUAAUUACACGUUAUCCCACAUUUCAUCAUUUCAAUUUUUUUCAUCAUCUUAAGCUAUUCAUCUCCCGCACAUGCUCAUCUUCUUCUUCAUGCUCUUCUUUAUUUUUAUUUUUAUUUUUUUGUUUACAAAUCCAUACAAUUGUGCUUGAACUUUAACCCUCAAGAUGUGCUUGAAGAGAGAGAGAGCGAGAGAGAGAGAAACCAGUAGAUAGAGAGCCUAUCCUUGAGAAUAUCUUCAAGAAGAACAAUAGAGAGGAAGAAGAAGAACAGUAGACAACUCAAGCUUUCUAAGUAAAAAAAAUCUCUUUUUUUUUCUUUAUUUAUUUUUUCUAGAACAACAUAAAUUUUACUGAGUUUUUGUUGUUUUUACUAAUUAUGUUUUUUUUUCUUUUUUGGAGUUAUAGUUAGCUCUGGUUUUUGUAAGUAGUUUGUAUCAUUUGAUGGCUCUGAUGGUUUAUUUUGUUAUUGUUUUAUUAUUGUUUUAAUGUUGUUUUACUGUUGUUUUCUUUUAUUUUUUUUAUCUCAUUUUUUUUUUUAAAUAUUAUUGUACUGCUCUAUUUUUAAUAGCAAUAGGGAAAUAAUAAAAUUUGCAUGUAAGUUAUUUCUUCAGUAGCAUAUACUUCAAUAUAUGUUCAGUUUUCUUUUGUUGUUCCACUAUUGUUUUUUAGCUGUUCUCAUUCUUUUCAUUUUUGAUGUCUCCUCCUGUAUGUUCUCUUGUUGUGCCCCAGCUUCCCACAUUUACUGCAUUUGUUAUGUUGUUUUUUUUUUCCCAGCCAGCUUCCAUCCUCUUUUUUUUUUUGUCUUCUAGAUUUCACCACUUUAAUGGAAGGUAAGUCUUUUACUGUCCAUAAUUCUUUCAUUCUGGUUACCUCAUAUAAAUAUUUAAUAGUUGGUUUAACAUGUGUAAUUUAAAAUCAAUAUUUGUUAAACAUACGAAACAAUAGUGGAACAACCCAAAAACAACAUUAGAAAAACCAUGACAGCCCUAAUAUCAAUGGUUUUAAUGUUUCUGCUUCAUCUCACCGGAUUUAAUGGUUGUUUUCAGUUGUUCUGGUGUUAUUGUGGUGGUUCUGUGUGUGGGUGUAGAAGAUGGACCCUCGUUUUUUAUUUUCGGUGUUUACAGUAUAAAAGAAAAAAAAAGUCCCAAAACAGUAUAAAAGUUAUUUUUACCGUGUGACAGUAUUUUUGUAAGAAUUGGAUCAAAAUCCAGUAUUUUUGUAAGUUUCCCUGAUUAAUAAACAAAUUUAUGAAUAACAUAGUUACCUUUUUAGCAAUAACAUGCUAUUUGUGAGGGAGAGAAUAAGAGACACUCCCUUUCUUUGUGCUUGUGGUGACUAUGCAUAACUUGGUUGAGAGAGAGAGAUUGAGAACUGAAAGAGAUAAAGAGGAAAAGUUAAUUUGAGUUUUACUUUAAAUGCUAAAAAUAAAAUUGAGAUUGCAAAGAGUGAAGGUGGAAAGAAUGUGUUAGAUAUGCGCAAUUAUAGGUAAAAAAAAAAAACUAUACACUAUGUAUAUAUGCCCACUAUUUGUCUUUUGAUUUUUCUCCACAUAAUUAAAGAUUAUAACUAAUUUUGAAUUAAUUCUCAAUGCACUUUAUAUGUGACAUAAUUUUCACAUGAAGAGACACAUUGAGAAACUACAAUCAAUUACUAAACCUAAACUCUAAUAUUAGUUAAAAUCAUAACUUACAACAUUAAAUAUUUUGGAAAGAAAAAUUAAAAAAUAAAAAGACAUUAUAUACAUUGAUUGAUUGAUAUAUUAAUAUUGAUGAUUUGAUCAUAUUUUUUUUAUUUAUAGGUAGUUAUUUAGGAUGUGAGUUAUCAAAAAUAAAAAGACAUUAUAUUAAUAUCCUGUUAAUGAAUAAUUUGAUAAUUCAUUUAAAUAAAUUAAUAAAUAAGAAAAUAGAAAAAAAUAAAGAAUAAGAAAAAUAGCUCUUAUAUAUGCCACAUAUCCUCCUUCAAAACCAUCUUAUAUAUAUUGAUUGAUAUUGUUUAUAUUAUUCUCAAAAAAAAAAAAUAUAUAUAUAUAUAAUAUAUAAUUUUAUAUAGUCUAUUAAUACAUAAUCAAAAAUAGUAAAAAGCCAAAUAUUUUCUCUAACAACUCUUCUCCCGGAACAUGAGAAGAACCAAUCAUAAGAGUAAACCACCUCCAUUGCCACCGUUCAUCAGAUAAGCCACCGCCAAUGCCUUCAGCUCCGUCCCAUGCUAGACUCGAUGGCGUUAACAACUCCAUCACCCAUAUGCUAGAAACUCAAAAGUUAUUCCAAAAAUUUAAAAAUGGCGUAGAUAAUCGGUUGUUUCUUCUCAAUAUCAUUCUAUUUCAUCUUCUUUCCACCAAGAUAUGGCCUCAGGCACAGAUUUAGGUGAGAGGGAUCUAGAAAAGGGUCUUUACGUGAGGACCAAAGCAACCACUCUAACCGGAGAAUCAACAUGGCCGUCUUCUCCGACUCCGACCACACCAAGGACCCUUGUUCUAUCGAAUUCGGGGAAGGCUCUUUUGGUAUCAAAUUCAGGAAAGAAGAUGGACCAAGGCCCGGGGAUAAAGAAAUACGUGAAGCAAGUGACGGGAAUGCAUAACGACACGGAGCUCCACCUGGCGGCACAGCGGGGUGACUUGGCCGGAGUGAGGCAAAUUUUUGGUGAUAUCGAGGCGCAGAUGGCGGAAACUACGUUGAGUGGGUCAGAGUUUGAUGAGGAGGUGGCCGAUAUAAGGUCCUCAAUUUUGAAUGAGAAGAAUGAGCUGGGUGAGACGGCUCUGUUCAUUGCUGCCGAGAAAGGUCAUCUUGAGGUGGUGAAAGAGCUCAUGCAACAUGUUACUAAAGAGGGCAUUUCCAUCAAGAAUCGUUCAGGCUUUGAUCCCUUGCAUAUUGCUGCCAGUCAAGGUCAUAAAGAAAUUGUUGAGGUGUUAUUGGACUAUGAUCCAAAAUUAAGCAAAACCAUAGGGCAGUCCAAUACAACACCACUUAUAUCAGCAGCAUCCAAAGGGCAUGUCUCUGUGGUAAGAGAACUGCUUUCAAAAGAUUCAAGCAUAACAGAAAUAUCUAGAUCAAAUGGAAAGAAUGCAUUACAUCUAGCUUCAAGACAAGGGCAUGUAGACAUUGUUAGAAUGUUGCUUAAGAACGACCCACAAUUAGCUCGAAGGACAGAUAAAAAGGGACAAACUGCAUUGCAUAUGGCAGUGAAAGGAGUUAGUUGUGAAGUGGUCAAGUCACUUCUCGAUGCAGAUGCAGCUAUUGUUAUGCUCCCUGAUAAGUUUGGCAAUACAGCAUUACAUGUUGCCACCAGAAAAAGAAGAACUGAGAUAGUGAGUGAGUUGUUAUCCCUUCCAGAUACAAACGUAAACGCCCUAACAAGAGAGCACAAAACUGCCUUCGACAUAGCCGAAGGCCUUACAUUAUGCGAAGAAACAUCACUAAUAAAAGAGACCCUAGCUCGAUAUGGCGGAGUAAAAGCCAAUGAGCUCAACCAGCCACGAGACGAGCUAAGAAAAACAGUGACACAGAUCAAAAAGGAUGUACACAUCCAACUAGAACAAACCCGAAAAACAAACCAAAACGUGACCGGAAUCGCCAAAGAGCUUCGCAAACUGCAUAGGGCAGGAAUCAACAACGCCACAAACUCAGUGACAGUUGUGGCUGUCCUCUUUGCAACGGUGGCUUUUGCCGCUAUUUUCACUGUCCCUGGAGGCGACGAUGACUCCGGAAUGGCGGUGAUGGUGAACACCACAUCGUUUAAGAUUUUCUUUAUAUUCAAUGCAAUUGCAUUGUUCACCUCAUUGGCUGUUGUGUUAGUACAAAUAACGCUGGUUAGAGGGGAGACCAAGGCCGAGAGAAGAGUUAUUGAAGUGAUAAACAAGUUGAUGUGGUUGGCCUCGGUGUGCACCUCAGUGGCCUUCAUUUCUUCGGCGUAUAUAGUGGUUGGUAGAUGCAAUAGAUGGGCUGCGAUUCUCGUAACUGUGAUUGGGGCUGUGACGAUGGUGGGUGUGCUUGGCACCAUGACAUAUUACGUUGUUAAGUCUAAGCGUUUUCGUAAAGUGAGGAAGAAGGAGAAAAGGAUUGGAGGAUCACACCAUUGUCAUCAUCAUCACUCGGAUUCUGAGACUGAAGUUAAUCCUAUCUAUGCUAUUUGAUUAAUAAUUGUUAGUGAUAAUUGAUAAUUCACAAGUGCUUAUUUUUGACAAUUAUUUGUGUUGAUUUAUUAUUCGUAUACAUAGAGUUAUUAUAUCUUA